UGAUGGUGCAAUCUACCACCCACCCCCUUUCAGAGCACUGUGAAAACCUCGGAACAAUGUGAAGAUUCUUGUUCGGUGUGGGUUUUCGCCACCCAAUUGUGUCUCGCGAUAAUCGAAUCGAGGGGAGAAGCAGCAUUUCCGAAAUGCGAGAUUUAAUAAUAUUCCAACGUUUUGCACGUUGCGAAAAUAUCGCGAACAGGAAUUUGUCUGAGCGGGAAACGUGUGCAUAUGAGAGCUUCAAAGGACGUGAAGAUUCUUGGAAGCGAGGGGUUAGAAGUGACUGUGCGGUGCUCAAAGUGCCUGAAUUGAGUUGUAUUAUGUUGUACCACUGAUCCACCACUCAGCCGGCAUGAGGAAGUCGAAAAAUCGAAAAGUUGUUGGCGGUGUGAAUUGAAAUUUAUUUAUUCAUGUUUCUUCAGUUUAGCUUUGUUGGACUAUUGUGUGAUUGGAGGUAUGCGAAGAGAUGAGAUAUUGAAUAAAUUGCCGAAAAUACUUACCGUUGUGUACGAAGAUAUAGGCGUUGAGUGAAAACAAAGGAAAUCAAAUCCCCGCAUUCAGCGGAACAAUAAGUGUAACAGUUAGUGCCAAAUAAACACACAAAAAAAUAUGUUACGUAAUGCAAUCGUAAUGAACUAGCAGCAACCACCAUGAAGUGGCUAUGAAAACUUCCAACAUCAAGUGAAUCAAUGAAAACGUCCCACCCAAGUGAAUAGCCAAAAGAAAAUUAGUGAAAACAUGUCAACGAGCUUAAAUCCAGAAGAUAAAACAACAAGUCGUUCCAAAGUGUGCUUUUAAUAGGUGUGUCGUGUGAAUGUGUCUUGUUGGUUACCGUUGUUGCUUGUUUGGCUUCCCUGGUCAGGUGAGCUACUCUCAGUCUGUCGGACAUAACGGUAGAAUUAAAGUCACAGAAUAAAAAAAACCGUGUCCAUUUCGCAUGCGGCAUUAAUCACCGGAUUGGCGAAAUUAAAACUCUUCACUGGGACGGCGCCGGCCGUCAUGAAGCAAUGAAGAAGACGCCGAGUUCCCCCGGAAUCGCGCCAUCCGGGCGGAAGUAAACCACAAAAUCCCAGCAACAAAACCGACAGUUCUCCAAUCUCGUCGGGAGAAAUUACAGGCAGAAAUAAACAGCCAAAAAAAGAACAUCGCCACCGGAAAUUGAGCUCGCAGAUUUCGUCGGUUUUUCGGGCCUUCAGGAGGAAUUUCACGCAUCGUCAGGUUCGAUGUGAGGACCUGCAUCGGGCUCUUGAUGUGACCGCUAUGGUACAUGGCGACCGUGUUUCGGACUGCGAUGAAUAAUUAAUUGUGGCUCAUUUAAAAUUGACGAUGUCUGGACCCGGACUAUAUCGGAAAACAUUUAUUCCGAAGCAAUGCUCCCGUUUAAUUAAAAACCAAACAAGUGAAACUGAGUGAGUGAGAGUGAGCUCCAUCGGGGCUAGAAACAGUAUCUAGGCGGGGAAUUGUUGGUAGUGGGUAAUGAGAAGAAAAAUAAAACAACGCCAAUAAAAUAUUCCGCGCUUGAUCCGUUGGAUGUGUCCUCCCUCCCCCAUACAAAAUCGAGUGGUAAUCAUUUCGAAACAAUCACCGCGGCCGGGCAAAAGUUCGACAUUGUGAAGCGCCGUGAGAUGAAUGUGAUUGAUAGAUUCGGGGCAGCUCGUGGCUGACCGUAUCAUUCCUCAAUCCCGAAACAGUGCAAAAAACGUUCAAUCGUCGUCAAAAUCGUUCGUCGGAUGAAUAAAAAAUCACUACGCGUACAUACCGGUGAAGCAAAGAGAGAAAAAAGUGUGCCAAAGUUGAUCCGAUUAUUCGUUUCUGCUGAUUGGAAGUGCUAAAUUAAUUGAUAAUCAAGGGAAACCGAGGCGUGUGCAUGAAUGCGAAAGUAGCCAAAACGACGAGCGGAGGAAAGUGUGAAACGUAACAUAAGUGCCAACUUUGUGUUUUUUUUUUACCUCACCGGAAAGUUGAACGAAACUGCGUAGUCUUCGGAAAGCAGCGGAAGAAAAAUGGUGGAUAUUAGCUCAAUUAUCGAGGGAUCCGUCAAGUUCCGAGACGGCAAAAAGUGGAAAUCACGGUGGUGUGUUAUGCGGAAACUAUCUCCAGUAGCAGAUUGUCUUCACCUGCAGCUCUACCGCGACUCCAAAGAUCGUUACAAAAAUGGAACGACCAAGGCUUCCCUCUCGUUGCAGCACUUCCUGGGCGUCGAAUCUGGUUUCACCCUGGACAAGGAAUCCAACACGAUAGCAAUAAUCUGUCAGGACGUGAUAGUAGUGCUCGCUUUUGACACCAGAGAAAGACUGAUACAGUGGCAGGUCAAGAUAUCCAACAACUUGGGUGACGACUUGCAAUAUCUGGUGCUGGUCUCGUCGGCGCCACCAAAGGCCAAACUGGCGACGGGACCAGCACGAAUGCACAUCCAGGAUCAUCGGUUUUGCCUGACGACGGGUGUUCCACCUCGGCUAACUGGCAUGUGGAACAUUCAACAUCUAAGGCGAUACGGGGUAGUUGACAAUCGAUUUUGCUUUGAGGGUGGCUCGAGCUGUGGGAAGGGUGAAGGUCUGUACGUUUUCGUGACUGACCUUGGCGAAGAAAUCACACACACGCUAAAACUUGCAUCACAGGGUAAACUAGCUAGUAAGAAGCGUGCGGCCGCUAAAAAGUUAGCAGCUCUGGACAGCCCACGCAAAGGUGCAGAAUCACGCUGCACAAACUACAACGAUGAGAUCUGCACGGUUCAUAUCGAGAACUCGAACUGUGCUUGUCGAACGCCGUACUGGCCGUCGACGGAGUCCCGAGAUCUGGACAGUAACUAUGGUUGUGGAGAUACGGCUUCAGUGUCUGAAGGGCACGACAGUAUCAACGACAUGGACUCAUUCCCAAGGAGUACCGUGGCCAAUUUGGAGCGCUGCAUGAGUUGUAUCUCGAAAUUAGGAGCCCCAUCAAUGUCUCGAAGCUCGACGGUAACCGGAACCCCUGGAGCAGUGGCGCCAACUCCGGCGUGGCACACGAUGACUGAACACAAUAAUCACAUCAAUCAAUCUCACAUUUCGAAAACACCAGCAUUAGAUAGAAUGUCCCUUUGUUCCCAUGGUAGCAGUAAUAACUCGGAAUAUUCUAUACCCAGACAAACCUGCGCUCCAAGUCAGCCAGGACCCGAGUCGUGGUACGAGAAGGUUCCGGCUACGCAAUUUACCUGUAUGCACAAUCGUCCUACUUCACCGUGUCAAUGUUGUCCUCCGGGUCGGCCUCCGAAACCCAAAGAAAUCCCUCUACACAUAACAGCUCCCCUCCAUUCUGCCAUGAUGACCUGCAAGUCUCCCCAUGCGAAUAGUCACGUAGGACCUUAUGAAAACUAUGACAUACCAAAAACCCCUGUUGCCAUCGACGACAGUGAAAAUACGUCGGAAAACUAUGAUACACCUAAGAAAAUACAAGAGUACCUGUCCAAAGAGGCGAUCAGCAGUGGUAAAAGCGACGUUGGUAGCUAUGGCAACUACGAUACGCCCCUUUCGUUGGGUAAGGCAGUCUGCGGCUGUUUAAAUGGCAAUGAAAAUCAAUCUGCAGCUAAAGUGGAGACGGAAUUGGAAGGCCCACGAGUGGACUGUACCUGCAAUCGAGUUAUGUCAUGGGCUGACAACUGGAUCUCAUUACCAUUAUGCAAACGAGGGAGUGGGAUAGAGAAUACGGGUAUACAGAUCAAUAAGGUUAAACUUAGCGGUGAAGGUAAAAUGCCAGUAGUAGACGCGAGUUCGGAGCAUGCCAUCUACGCAACGGUUGACAUGACCAAGAAGAUCCGACGGAGAUUGGAAGGAGCAUGUGAAUGCGGUAAUGAGAAUGCCGUAAGUCUGAAAGAUCGGAAACUGUCCUCAAAUGAGAACUACGAAGAUGUUGAAGUCCUUCCAGAAGAACAGAAAGCAAAUUAUGCCAAUCUUGAGUUUGAAAAAUCUCUUGAAAAUUAUGAAAACUCAAAAGAAGUGCUUCAAAGAGCUGGUCUCGCCUUGCACGACUUUGAAGAAGAACAGAAAAUUUGCCAUAAAUGUGGUCAUCUAAGCGUAAAAACACCGGAACCCGACGCAAUAAAAGUAGACCCUCCAGCAAAUGAUAAGCAAGAAAACUAUAUGAUGAUGGAACCUGCAAAAAUCAAAUCCAAAUUUCCUGGUUACAUACCCAUGUCUCCAGCGGUCCCAAUAUCAUCCACCGAAACGGAUCCUCCACCAGCAUCUCCCACUGCACCACCCCUCCCAUUCAAAUCGGAUCUUCUGAAACAACGAAUGAACAGAAUAAUCGGUGAAAAAUCCGCAAGUAAUCCAAGUCUUUGUGGUCCAGCAGUGGAUAGAAGUCGCAAGCGAAUAGAUGAUGAAUCGCGUAUUCCGGGAAGUGCCAUGCUCAAAGCAACCACCAGUCCGUAUACUCGCAAACAAUUGUUAGAUCAUAGUGAUCUACUUCCAUGUGAUAAGAGGUUGUCUCCAAGAAAACGAUCCGCUUCCGCCGAAUCAUCCCGUUUCCUAGACGAAGCUGACGAAGCAGAAAGCCCUCUCAGUGGAACCGCUUCUCCCAGUACGGAAACUCUACGAAAGCCUUCAACACCAACUUGCAAUAUCGAAGUUCGACGAUCAUCCUCACCUUGUGUCCAUCGAGAAGCGGAACCAUGUUCCGAGCCAGCCUGUUGCGAAAAGUCUGCUCCCAUCGAAACGGAAGAUGAGAUCUCCGCUUCCACCAAUCCUAGUCAAAACUCUCAGUCUGUGUACAUCCGACGAUCCGAAAGUGUACCGUGCAAGGCACAGAACCGCGACAGUUCGAGCUCCAAUGAUUCGGGUGUUUCAACUGGAUCUCUUCGACAACGGGGCACAGAUUUCACGGAGUUUGAACUUCCUCUCACGACGGCCAUGUCCGCACGCAGGCAUCAGCGACACGUACUGCCUCAGCAGAACUGCGUUCAUUCUUCGCUUCCACGGCGGUCGAAAUCGUUUGAUCCACUUCGAGAGUUAUCAUUCCAGUUCCAGAAGAUUCGCGUCCCAGAGAAAAGCACAUCCGCUGAGGCGGAGGUCCCAAUCUGUCCACCAAAGACCAAAACGUACGGUAGUCCUGACAUUAUGGCUGCAACUACGGCUCCGUAUAUCGAUUCCCGAAGCACCAGCAGUGGCACUUCCGACAUGUCCGAUUACAUUGAAACGUUGUCGCUGUCCAGUCACAGCUCAUCGGAUGCGCCCGAAGGAAUGAGACACAUCCGUCAGGCAACGUCGACGCUGCGACCCCGUUCCGGCAAAGAGUACCAAAACAUAGACCGAUCGAUCCUGGCACUGACGCAGCCCGGUAGUGAAUCGACGGCGCAGAAGCAUCCGGGAACGCCGUCCCAACUGCGGGGACUGCUGUCCUGUUCGGCCAACUACGCCAACAUUACGCCCGUUCCGGAAAAUGCCGAAUCACCUAGUCCAGGCUACCAGAGUGGUAGCUCCCCGCAGGAAGCACAGGGUCAACAUUUCAUGUUCAAGAACUCGUCUUAGGUUCGUGAGCGCCACAGCCCGUCAACAAAUGAAAGCAAUAAAGACUAACUUUUCUAAAUAUAAGUAUAACAAAACUAGAGAAUCAAAAAUACCUAUCUAUAUACACAUAUUAAAUAGAAAGAAAAAAAAACUGUUGCAAAAAUCCUGUUUUGGAGAUAAAACCAAACAAAUUCCGCGCACUUGAACCGACAAACACUAGCGAGCAUAGCGAAUUGUACCUCUCUCCAUCCGUAAUCUGAACGAAGCAAACAACAUCCAA